UUCCCAACUCUGCUUGUCACUUGACAGUGGGAAUUUCGUCUGCUCUACGAAAGUUUAUAAAUACACCGUCAAUUAAAUACAUAUACAUACACUAAUAUUUUGUUAUUUCUUACUGGCUAUUUGUGUAUACAAGAGACUAUUUAAAUAUAAAACAAAACACAAAUGAAUAGUUUAAAAAACACUGCUCAAAAGUUAAACACAACAUUUUCAACAUAAUAAAUCAAAUUUUCAGGCUUGUAUUCUUUUCUGUAAACAAAUCGUGCUUCCGAAAUAAACAAAAACAUUAAUUUAAAAAAAUUUUUUAUAAAUAAAAAAAAAUUACACUAAUAUUAAACAGUAAAAAUAAUUGAAAUAAAAAUAUUUAACUAAAUUUAAACUUAAAAUUUCCGUUUUCAUAAGAAUUAUUAUAUUAACUUAUUAUUUCUAUCCAAAUUUUAAGUUAUAAAUAUAGAUUUUAAUGACUAAUUUUCUGUUUGUUAUAACUUGAUUUUUUUCUCUCAACUUUUAAAUAGAAAAGUAUGUACUAUUUUAACACGUUUGAAUUGCUUCCGGCUUUAGGCUCCCGGUUAAUUAAUUCAUAAACACGAUUCAAUUUAAAUGAAAACUGAACUCUCACAUUAAACAAAACUAGACAGAGAGGUCAGGAAACUAAUGUUUAUACCUCUUGGUUUAACAUCAAUAAAAUCAUUUUUGAUUUAAUUUUUUAAGUUAAAAAUUUCUGCCAUUUAAAAUAAUGAAGAAAUAUAAAUAUAUUUUGUUUAUUUAUUGUUUAAACUUUAUUGAUGUAUUUCAAUUAUUUUGCGAUGCUGCAUCUGCACAUUUACAUCAUCACAGAGAAUCAUUUGAGAAAGAAAGAACUGAAGAUGGUGCAUUUAGUCCAAGAAGCAAUAAUCAUUAUGUAAAUGGUGAACAUCAUCAAGAAUUUGAUCAUGAAGCUAUUUUGGGAAGUGUUAAAACAGCUGAAGAAUUUGACAAAUUACCAAAAGAAGAAUCUAAAAGAAGAUUAGAAAUACUUUUGACUAAAAUGGAUCGUAAUAAGGACAAAUUUAUUGAACGAAAUGAAUUGAAGGCAUGGAUUCUCCGAUCUUUCAGUAUGUUGUCAACGGAGGAGUCACAAGAUCGAUUUGAAGAUGCAGAUGCAAAUGAAGAUGGAAAAAUAAGUUGGGAUGAGAUUCUUCAGGACACUUAUGGUUCUGAUUCUGAAGAUUUAGCUAUCGAUGAUAAAUUAGUUAGUGAUGAUAAAACUACAUUUGAAACAGCUGAUUCUAAUGGUGAUGGGUUCUUAACAGCAGACGAAUUUAAAGCCUACACACAUCCUGAAGAAACACCAAAAAUGUUUCCAUUAUUAUUGAAACAGGCUAUUGACGAUAAAGAUACGAACAAUGAUGGUUACAUUGAUUUUCAAGAGUUUCUUGGAAAUAGAGCGAAAGGUGAAGAUAAAGAAUGGCUUUUAAUUGAAAAGGAAAAAUUUGAUCACGAACAUGAUAAAAAUCGUGAUGGCAGACUAGAUGAUAAAGAAAUUCUUUCCUGGCUUGUACCAAGUAAUGAUGAUAUUGCAACAGAUGAAGUGGAUCAUUUGUUCGCUGCGGCAGAUGAUGAUCAUGAUAAUCGUUUGUCAUACGAAGAAAUAUUAGAUCAUCAUGAUACAUUUGUUGGAAGCGAAGCAACUGACUAUGGCGAUCACUUACAAGACAUCCAUCGCUUUGAAGAUGAACUUUGAAAAUAAUUUAAUCAUCGAUUAUAAUUAUAAGUUAUAAAUAUUUUUCAGUAAUUUUAAUGCCUGUGCUGAAACCACUCGAUGCUCUGAUUUGAAAGUUAUUACGCAUAAAAAUUCUCCUUUUGCGUAUAUCUGAACAUGUAGUGAUUUCAACGUAGGUCUUCUAAAAACUGACGAGUUAAAAGCGACGAAAUUAAUCUCCAUCAAUAUUAAAAUAUUAAUUUAAUUAAUUAUAAUAUUUUAUUGUGCUUACAAUUAUUAAAAAAUUGACUGAUUCACUUUUUAUAUUCGCAUUUAUUAUUUAUUACGUCUAUUAACCAAAGUAAUAUUACGAGGAAUUAUUCCUUGAAGCGUGAUUUGGUUUGAAUAAGAGAAUAUCUGUACUGAAUAUAGUAAACUUCUAGCUUAAGAAAACUGUUACCAUUAUUAGUAAUUUGUCCCUGUAAUAUGGACUAAGGUAAUUAGGAGUUUAAUUGGCAAAAGUAUUAAUAAAGCUUUUAAAAUCUGUACAUCUAUAAAUCUUCCAUUGACUCUUAUAUUUUUUUGAGUCGUUUUUUAAAUUAUCACCAAUGUGAUACCGAUGUCUACGAAUUAAAUUUUAGAAUUUUUUAAAAUUUCUAUUAGUCGCCCUACAGUUGAUGCCAAAUUUUACUGUCGCACAAAGAAUUAUAAUAAUUAACUGCAAAUGAAUUGUACCUACAUAUGCUUUGAGAGUUAAGUGGAAAAUUUUGCAAAUGCUAACAAUAAGAAACAUAUGAUCAGAAAUGAAAAUUUAAAUAAUGGAAUAUAAACCUAUUUUAUUUAACAAUUAAAUUAUGCUCUACAAAUUGAAUUUAACAGGAUGUCAAAUUAAUUUUAAUUCCAUAAUUUUUUGAAAAUUAAACAAAAUUUUUAAAAAACAAAGAUAAUGGUAUUUUUUCUUGCCAUAAAAUCAUGUAUUAAUUUUUGGAACUAAAACUAUUAGAAAUUGCAAAAUACUUUACCGCUAUAAAAGAAUGGAUAAAGGAAUUUCUAUUGGAUGAAAGUAAAGAAAGUAUGUACGUGUGAAUGAAGAGGAAGAAAAUUAAGAUGUAAAAUAAGAAUAAAUUAAUGUUAAGAUUCAAAAGUGUAAAAAGAAGUUUGUAAAAACUUGAAAGGUAU